AAGAGUUAUCUUUCAUGCGAGUUUGUUAUUAUACUUCGAAGAUGGCGACUUCCUGAAGUGUGCAUGUUUAUAAAGUCGCGUAAUAUAUGACUACUACAAUGUUUGCCCAGCUAGUUAUUGGACCACCUGGUUCUGGCAAAACCACCUACUGCCGUGGAAUGAGUGAAUUCAUGCGAAAUUUGGGACGGAAGGUGUCAAUCAUAAACCUUGAUCCUGCCAACGACCACAUUCCUUACACACCAGAUAUCAAUAUCUCAGAACUGAUUACUCUUGAGGAAGUGAUGGAGAAUCUGAAACUUGGCCCAAAUGGAGGACUCAUAUAUUGCAUGGAAUACCUUGAUAAAAAUCUAGAUUGGCUGGUUAAUAAACUAAAACUCAUCCCCAAAGACCACUACAUUAUGUUUGAUUGUCCUGGACAAGUUGAACUCUACACUCACCACAAUGCAGUCCACAACAUUGUUGAAGCCUUACAGAAACUUGACUAUAGACUUGUAGCUGUACAUUUAGUAGAUGCACACUACUGCAGUGAUACAGGCAAAUUCAUUUCAGUUUUACUCACCUCUUUAAUCACAAUGCUCCAAGUUAGUCUCCCUCAUGUGAACGUCCUCUCAAAAGCUGAUCUCAUUCAAAAGUAUGGUAAACUUGCCUUUAAUCUUGAUUUCUAUACAGAUGUUUUAGACUUGAACUAUUUACUGGAGCGUCUGCAGGAUGAUGAGAUCUUCAGAAAAUACAAGAAAAUGAAUGCUGCCAUGGUUGGCAUCAUAGAGGACUACAGUCUGGUCUCUUUUGUGGCCCUCAACAUUACACAAAACAGUAGCCUGCUGCGCGUCCUGCAGACUGUGGAUAAAGCUGUCGGAUAUAUGUUUGGUGACACGGAAGAGCGAAAUAUCCAGUCAUUACUCUCAUGUGCCAUCGGGGCUGAAUUCGAAUAUGAGAAAAUCAAAGACAUUCAAGAACGCUAUGUCGAUAAUAACGCUGAUGAUAAUGUGGAAACAGAAAUGGAAACCAGCAAAUAAUAAAAUUUUAAAAAAGCUUCAACGAAAAAAAGGAAACUCAUAUUCUCACCCUCUCUCUCUCUCUCUCUCUCUCAUAUGAUAAAAACUCGAGUAACAGUAAAAUCUAAUCACUACUUGGUUGCGGUAAUCCACUAUACCCACCUCCCAUGUGUAUUCUCGUGUUAUGUCAGAAUUUUGUAUUAAAAUCUAAUGCAUAGUUUUA